AUGGAGAGAACAGGUGGCAGUGUGGAGAACGCUGGAGCUGACAGCAGCCUGGUCGUCUGGUCUCUACUGAUCUUCUGUCUUCUGUCUGGUCCUGCCACAGGUACUAUGGGGGUGAUUACUGUGUGAUUAGCUCAGAUGCACAUUAGAGGUCAAUUCAAAUUAAAAACUCAAAUUUUCCAACACUAGCAGCUGCCUAAUCAUGAUUAACUGGGGAGAAGUCCUCACAAUAACCUAAAAUACAGUCAUCUGUUAACAACAUGAUUGAUGUUUACAGAUAUUCUCUUCUCCCAGGUGCCCAACAUGCCCACUGCUCUGAGUUCCUCUGUCUCAGUCCUCCCUCUCCUCUGGUGAGGCUCCUCAGCUUCUCCUCUGAGCAGGGUCCCUGUGGUUCCCCCUUAGACCUCUCUCCUCCACCAGGCCUCCCAGGACUGGCCCCUGGUCCUGUGGCCUGGAGCCCCCUGUGCCCCACGGUAGUGAUCGUCCCGGGCAGGAGGCCAGCCAGGCUGCAGCCCAGCUGGGCGAGGGUGAUGGCGGGGGAGCUGUUGGAGGCGGGGCUGGUUAAUGUCCUGGUAGCUGAUUGGCUGCUGCCCCCAGAGCAGGAGAUCACCGAAGGAGCCAGGCAGGUGGGAGAGAGGCUGGCACAGGCCAUACAGACACUACAGGUGGGGACACAGGCCAUACAGACACUACAGGUGGGGACACAGGCCAUACAGACAUUACAGGUGGGGACACAGGCCAUACAGACACUACAGGUGGGGGCACAGGCCACACAGACAUUACAGGUGGGGGCACAGGCCACACAGACAUUACAGGUGGGGACACAGGCCACACAGACACUACAGGUGGGGACACAGGCCACACAGACAUUACAGGUGGGGACACAGGCCACACAGACAUUACAGGUGGGGACACAGGCCACACAGACAUUACAGGUGGGGACACAGGCCACACAGACACUACAGGUGGGGACACAGGCCAUACAGACACUACAGGUGGGGACACAGGCCACACAGACACUACAGGUGGGGACACAGGCCAUACAGACACUACAGGUGGGGACACAGGCCAUACAGACACUACAGGUGGGGACACAGGCCAUACAGACACUACAGGUGGGGACAUGUUCCACACUGGGUAGAAGGUGGCCAAUGAUUUUUUUGUCCAGUAAUAUGCUUUAACUGGGUCAGGGAAACUGGCCCAAAUUGAACAAGACUAACUCUGUUAUAGUGUAGUAGACAUGUUGAGGUGUUGGUGUUUAUUCCCCAGGAGGACCAGGAUGUUGAGGUGUUGGUGUUUAUUCCCCAGGAGGACCAGGAUGUUGAGGUGUUGGUGUUUAUUCCCCAGGAGGACCAGGAUGUUGAGGGUUGGUGUUUAUUCCCCAGGAGGACCAGGAUGUUGAGGUGUUGGUGUUUAUUCCCCAGGAGGACCAGGAUGUUGAGGUGUUGGUGUUUAUUCCCCAGGAGGACCAGGAUGUUGAGGUGUUGGUGUUUAUUCCCCAGGAGGACCAGGAUGUUGAGGUGUUGGUGUUUAUUCCCCAGGAGGACCAGGAUGUUGAGGUGUUGGUGUUUAUUCCCCAGGAGGACCAGGAUGUUGAGGUGUUGGUGUUUAUUCCCCAGGAGGACCAGGAUGUUGAGGUGUUGGUGUUUAUUCCCCAGGAGGACCAGGAUGUUGAGGUGUUGGUGUUUAUUCCCCAGGAGGACCAGGAUGUUGAGGUGUUGAUGUUUAUUCCCCAGGAGGACCAGGAUGUUGAGGUGUUGAUGUUUAUUCCCCAGGAGGACCAGGAUGUUGAGGUGUUGGUGUUUAUUCCCCAGGAGGACCAGGAUGUUGAGGUGUUGAUGUUUAUUCCCCAGGAGGACCAGGAUGUUGAGGUGUUGGUGUUUAUUCCCCAGGAGGACCAGGAUGUUGAGGUGUUGGUGUUUAUUCCCCAGGAGGACCAGGAUGUUGAGGUGUUGAUGUUUAUUCCCCAGGAGGACCAGGAUGUUGAGGUGUUGAUGUUUAUUCCCCAGGAGGACCAGGAUGUGAGGGUUGGUUUUUUAUUCCCCAGGAGGACCAGGAUGUUGAGGUGUUGGUGUUUAUUCCCCAGGAGGACCAGGAUGUUGAGGUGUUGGUGUUUAUUCCCCAGGAGGACCAGGAUGUUGAGGUGUUGGUGUUUAUUCCCCAGGAGGACCAGGAUGUUGAGGUGUUGGUGUUUAUUCCCCAGGAGGACCAGGAUGUUGAGGUGUUGGUGUUUAUUCCCCAGGAGGACCAGGAUGUUGAGGUGUUGGUGUUUAUUCCCCAGGAGGACCAGGAUGUUGAGGUGUUGAUGUUUAUUCCCCAGGAGGACCAGGGCUCUUCUCCAGAGCUGUUCCACCUGGUAGGGUUUGGUGUUGGGGCCCAUGUAGCCGGUGUGGCUGGGGCCUGUUUGGAGGGAGCUAUUGGCAGGAUCACAGGUACUGAGACAGAACAUGAUACAGGGUUACAUCUGGUAACAGUCCAAUCUGAGUUUCAGAGGAACUGACAGGUCAAAUAGUGUUUUGUUCUUUUCUUUUUAUGUGUUCUGAUCCAACUCAGGCCUGGAUCCCUUCUCACCACUGUUUUCUGAGGCAGACAGAAGCCUGUCCCUGGAUCCCACUGAUGCCCAGUACGUGGAUGUGAUUCACACCAACUUCAACCGUGAGGAACUUUAAACACACCUAAUAAGCCAUGUAGUUACACCUAAUAGUAUAGUACACCAUUUAGAUAUUUUUAACCAAUCAGUGAGUUCAUUACCUGGUGUAUUUUCAGCCAAUGAGCCGGUAGCUCCCCUGGGGGUUUCCAGACCGUUGGGUCAUGUUGAUUUCUACAUCGGCAGAGGACAUCAACUCCCAGGUUGUCCUCAGGCUCUCAUGAAAAGUGUGUGCCAGGUUUUUUAUCAUCUAUAAUAUUAUGACAAACAUCAUGCCUGGGGCCCAUGUGACCUCCCUUAGCUAUCUACUAUAACAAGGAGGUUGGGAUGACUUAUACAGUUGAAGUCGGAAGUUUACAUUCACUUAGGUUGGAGUCAUUAAAACUCGUUUUUCAACCACUCCACAAAUGUCUUGUUAACAAACUAUAGUUUUGGCAAGUCAGUUAGGACAUCUACUUUGUGCAUGACACAAGUAAUUUUUCCAACAAUUGUUUACAGACAGAUUAUUUCACUUAUAAUUCACUGUAUCACAAUUCCAGUGGGUCAGAAGUUUACAUACACUAAGUUGACUGUGCCUUUAAACAGCUUGGAAAAGUCCAGAAGAUGAUGUCAUGGCUUUAGAAGCUUCUGAUAGGCUAAUUGACAUCAUUUGAGUCAAUUGGAGGCGUACUUGUGGAUGUAUUUCAAGGCCUACCUUCAAACUCAGUGCCUCUUUGCUUGACAUCAUGGGAAAAUCAAAAGAAAUCAGCCAAGACCUCAGAAAAAAUUUUUGUAGAUCUCCACAAGUCUGGUUCAUCCUUGGGAGCAAUUUCCAAACACCUGAAGGUAUCACGUUCAUCUGUACAAAUAAUAGUACGCAAGUAUAAACACCAUGGGACCACGCAGCCGUCAUACCGCUCAGGAAGGAGACGCGUUCUGUCUCCUAGAGAUGAACGUACUUUGGUGCGAAAAGUGCAAAUCAAUCCCAGAACAACAGCAAAGGACCUUUUGAAGAUGCUGGAGGAAACAGGUACAAAAGUAUCUAUAUCCACAGUAAAACGUGUCCUAUAUUGACAUAACCUGAAAUGCUGCUCAGCAAGGAAGAAGCCACUGCUCCAAAACCGCCAUAAAAAAGCCAGAUUACGGUUUGCAACUGUACAUGGGGACAAAGAUUGUACUUUUUGGAGAAAUGUCCUCUGGUCUGAUGAAACAAAAAUAGAACUGUUUGGCCAUAAUGACCAUCGUUAUGUUUGGAGGAAAAAGGGGGACGCUUGCGAACCGAAGAAAACCAUCCCAACCGUGAAGCACGGGGGUGGCAGCAUCAUGCUGUGGGUGUGUUUUGCUGCAGGAGGGACUGGUGCACUUCACAAAAUAGAUGGCAUCAUGAGGAAGGAAAAUUAUGUGGAUAUAUUGAAGCAACAUCUCAAGACUUCAGUCAGGAAGUUAAAGCUUGGUCGCAAAUGGGUCUUCCAAAUGGACAAUGACCCCAAGCAUACUUCCAAAGUUGUGGCAAAAUGGCUUAAGGACAACAAUGUCAAGGUAUUGGAGUGGCCAUCACAAAGCCCUGACCUCAAUCCUAUAGAACAUUUGUGGGCAGAACUGAAAAAGCGUGUGAGAGCAAGGAGGCCUACAAACCUGACUCAGUUACACCAGCUCUGUCAGGAGGAAUUGGCCAAAAUUCACCCAACUUAUUGUGGGAAGCUUGUGGAAGGCUACCCGAAACGUUUGACCCAAGUUAAACAAUUUAAAGCCAAUGCUACCAAAUACUAAUUCAGUGUAUGUAAACUUCUGACCCACUGGGAAUGUGAUGAAAGAAAUAAAAGCUGAAAUAAAUCACUCUCUACUAUUAUUCUGACAUUUCACAUUCUUAAAAUAAAGUUGUGAUCCUAACUGACCUAAGACAGGGAAGUUUUACUAGGAAUAAAUGUCAGAAAUUGUGAAAAACUGAGUUUAAAUAUAUUUGGCUAAGGUGUACGUAAACUUCCGACUUCAACUGUAUAUUUGAGGCAGCUCUACAGGGUCAUCACUAGCUGGCACAGCCACAAAGUCAUAAAAUCGGAUUUUUAACCCUAACCACACUGCUAACAUUAUGCCUAACCUUAACCUUAAAUUAAGAUCAAAAAGCAAAUGUUUUGUUUUUCAUGAAUUUGUAAGAUAUAUAGCAAUUUUGGACUUUGCAGCUAGCACAUCUAGUGGAAAUGGCUCAGUUCUGCAUCCAGGACAAGAUUCAGCUGAAUGAAGGUCAACCUGAAUAAAGAUCAACCUGAAUAAAGGUCAACCUGAAUAAAGGUCAACCUGAAUAAAGGUCAACCUGAAUAAAGGUCAACCUGAAUAAAGGUCAACCUGAAUAAAGGUCAACCUGCGUGUUGGUGUGUGUGCGUUACAGGGGAGGAUUACUUGCUGUGCAGUCACCACCGGGCCUACAGGUUGUUCACCAGCUCCAUCCGAUCCUCCUGCCCUCUCACAGCCUUCCCCUGUCAGGGAGUGGAGGACUUCCAGAGAGCUCUCUGUACCCGCUGUCACCACCCUGGCCUCAACACCUGCCCCCGGCUGGGUAAAAUACACACUGCCCUGCCUCAACACCUGCCCCCAGCUGGGUAAAAUACACACUGCCCUGGCAUCAACACCUGCCCCCAGCUGGGUAAAAUACACACUGCCCUGCCUCAACACCUGCCCCCAGCUGGGUAAAAUACACACUGCCCUGCCUCAACACCUGCCCCCGGCUGGGUAAAAUACACACUGCCCUGCCUCAACACCUGCCCCCGGCUGGGUAAAAUACACACUGCCCUGCCUCAACACCUGCCCCCAGCUGGGUAAAAUACACACUGCCCUGCCUCAACACCUGCCCCAGCUGGGUAAAAUACACACUGCCCUGGCAUCAACACCUGCCCACGGUGGUAAUAAACACCUGCCCUGCUCAACACCUGCCCCAGCUGGGUAAUCACACUGCCUGGCCAACUGCCCCAGAUGGUUAAAAUACUAUGCCCUGGCAUAACACCUGACCCCGGCUGUAAAAUACACACUGCCUCUGCCUCAACACUCCGUGGAAAAAACAACUGCCCUUGCUCAAACCUGCCCAGUGUAAAAUACACAGCCCUUGGCCUCAACACCUCCCAGUGGAAAAAUCAUACUGCCCGGAUCAAACCUGCCCGCUGGGUAAAAUAAACUCACCCUGCCUCAACACCUCCAGCUGGGAUAAAAUAACCCUGCCCUGGCCUCAACCUGCCCAGUUUGGGUAAAAUUAACUUGCCUGGCAUCACACACCUGCCCCGGCUGGGUUUACAAUACACAUCCUGCCCUCUCAACACGCCCCCGCUGGGUAAAAGCACCUCCUGCCAAACCCUGCCCCAGCUGUAAACCACCCUGCCUCAACACCUGCCCCCAGCUGGGUAAAUACACACUGCCCUGCCUCAACACCUGCCCCCAGCUGGGUAAAAUACACACUGCCCUGCCUCAACACCUGCCCCCAGCUGGGUAAAAUACACACUGCCCUGCCUCAACACCUGCCCCCGGCUGGGUAAAAUACACACUGCCCUGCCUCAACACCUGCCCCCAGCUGGGUAAAAUACACACUGCCCUGCCUCAACACCUGCCCCCGGCUGGGUAAAAUACAAGAUAAUGUAGACUGUAUAGCUCUCCGACACAUUUUCUCUCUGAACAAAGAGGAGUCUUUCACACAUGCAGAAACUGGAGUUGAUGAUGGGCAAUAUCAAUGAGGGAUGUUUCAUCAUCAAGAUACCGUCAGCUAUUGGUUAUUCUCUCCUAUAGGCUACGACAUCAGCUGGCUGCCUCCGGAUCGACCAAUCACCUUCCAGCCCCUGACCGCUGUCCUGGACAUCACAGCAACGGACCCUUUCUGUGGUCAGGAACUCAGGACACACACACACACACACACUGACAGUGUCACACAGUUACAGUCGCUUGAACAACUGCGAGAACAGUUUGGUUAACCUGCUUUUAUGUCCCUUCUAGUGACGCCGUUCCUGUUGGAGGUGCACCUGGAGGGGAACGUCUCAUUAGGAGCCCAGCUAUUCAUUCAGCUGAAGGGACACGUCAGGAAAACACCCGUCAUGUUGGUGUCCGGGUGAGAGACUGUCAUCUGGUUCUUCAGUUGUUAAUGGGUGCAUCUCAAAACGGGACCCUAUACGGUGCACUAUAUACUCCCCAUAGGGCCCUAAUGUUGUGCACUAUAUAGGGAACAGGGUGCCAUUUGGGAUGUAGCCAAUGUCUUUAUCUGAUGAAUCUUCUUGCCAACUCUUAACGUGCCGUUGACAAUUGUGUCUAGUCCUUCCCUGGUGCAGUUUGAGCCCCAUCAGAUGUACCAGUUCAUGGUUUCCAUAGACCACCCUGUUACGGCGUUCAGAACCAUGUCACUUCACUUCUACUCUCAACGUCUCCUGUACUUGGCCUGGAGGAAGAGAAGCAUUCGGAUCAGUCAUCUGAUACUUGCACAACUACCCAGACACCAGGGGUAAAUAGCAUCACUACAUCGACACAACACUGAUGAGUUUCUGGAUUCAUUUUGUAUUCAACUCUCCUUCAAAUCUGAAUUCAUUCGACUAAAAUUGAAAUUGCUAAAAGAACACUAAAAAAGCCUACGACCCCAGUUGUCUGUGUGACGUCUGGUAGCACAAGACUAAAAACAAGCCUGUGUUUGUGCAUUCAUUCCCACAGGCUAGUAUCUUACAGGACCUGCAGGUUUACAGCAGUAGAGAACCAGAGAGUGGAAGUGUAUCUGCAGAAGGAGGAGUGAAGAUGGAGUGA